AUGGAAGAUCAGAUCGAGAGAGCCAUAGAAGUAGCAUGGAAUCCAAAAUCAGACCAAUCCCUCAAGGCUCAGGCCUUCGAUUACCUCAACCAGCUUCGAUCUCAAAGAGAAGGCUGGUCUACCUGUUUCUCCCUGGCUAUCCGAAAGCCAGCACCUUCGGAAGUGGUUCGGCAUGUGUCCCUCGAUAUUCUCAACAACGCUAUCAGGACAAGACAGUUGGGCCAUGAAGAUCUGACAGCUGUCUCAAGCAAUCUGUUGGGCUACAUAACAAAUGUCUACGGUGGUAGCAUCUCGGCCAGUGCUCCCCGGGAUCCCGUAGCUAUCCAGAACAAGAUCACACAAACCAUAACAUAUCUGUUUGCAGCUAUGUAUGAGGUGCAGUGGACAACUUUCUUCCAAGACACAAUGAAGCUUACCUCGACCACCGGCUCUACAGCUAAAGAUAAUGGUCCGGGCACCAUCAUGUAUCUAAGACUACUCAUCAGCAUACAUGAUGAGAUUGCUGAUGCGAUGGUACCUAAGUCGCAAGAGGAGCAGAAGUCUGAUAUGCUGCUCAAAGAUCUGAUAAGGGAGCGUGACAUACAGUUGAUCUCAACCUCAUGGCACGACAUAUUGAGGCAAUGGACAGGCAAAGAAGACGCAAUCAUAGAACUCUGCCUAACGUGCAUUGGUAGAUGGGUUUCAUGGACGGACAUCUCCUUGGCCGUCAAUGCGCCGUUACUCGCUUUACUAUUUGAUCUUUUGAGCCCCGAUCACCUGGGAGAACAGGAUGCUAAAGUGCAAGGGAACAGAGAGACUGCGAUCAACACGUUCGUAGAUAUUCUAGGGAAGAAGAUGACCCCUAAUGACAAACUCGAGCUGAUUGAUGCUCUCAACGUCAAUGAGGCAAUAUCACAGCUUGUAAACGGUCGUUUGCUAUCUGGACAGCGGCACACUCCUGACUAUGAUACCGAUCUAGCUGAAGAUGUUGCGAAACUCGUCAACAACACUGUGGUUGAUAUUGUUAAGGCUAUUGAUAAUUCUAAAAACGAUACCGCCUUGCUCGUCCGAGGUAACACUCAGCUCAAGACAUUUCUCCCUCACAUCUUACGUUUUUUGUCCGAUGAGUAUGAUGAAAUCUGUGCUACUGUUAUCCCCUGUCUGAAUGAUCUUUUGGCUUUGUUGCGUAAAAGAGUCAGGAUCAAUGAUGAUUUCUCACGACAAAAUGCAUCCAUGCUGCCAAUGAUCCUGGAUGCCGUCGUAGCAAAAGUCAAAUACGAUGAGACGGCGGACUGGGGUAGCGAAGAUACGCAGACAGACGAGGCUGAAUUUCAAGACUUGCGGAAGAAGUUGCAUGUCCUCCAACAGGCCGUCGCCGUAGUGGACGAACAGAUGUACAACGAGAGAAUCACGAGCGUUGUCUUCUCGACAUUCGAUCAGUUCAAGAAUCAAAAUGGUCAGCUUGACUGGAGAGAACUUGAACUUGCGUUACACCAAAUGUAUCUUUUCGGCGAUUUAGCCACAAAAAAUGGUGGCCUUUACAGCAAGACAAAGCCGGUUUCGUCUGCGGCAGAACAGCUCGUUGGGAUGCUGUUCAAAUUAAUGGAAAGCAGCAUUGCCUCUUCGUCACACCCUGCCGUACAUCUACAGUUCAUGGAACUCGCCGUCCGAUAUUACAUGUUUUUCCAGGCAAACCCUACUUAUAUCAGUCAAGUACUUGAAUAUUUCGUAUCCUUUGUGCACCAUAAUCAUCCGAAGGUGAAGCUGAGGUCUUGGUACCUCCUUCAACGAUUUGUCAAGCAUGUGAGGCCCAAUCUGGGAAACAUUGCAGAGACUGUUAUACGAGCCUUAGCCGACCUCCUGCCCAUCAAAGCCGAGAUACCAGACGAAAAUUCUGAUCAUGACAAUGAUGAGACCUCGAGUAACGAUGGUCAAAGCGCCCAUGCAAGAUUCACCAGCCAGCUUUAUCUAUACGAAACUGUAGGAACUGUUUCAUCAGUAAAAGUACUACCGGUGGAGAAUCAGGCACUUCUUCUCAACUCUGUCAUUAAUCCAUUGUUUUCGGAUUUAGAGGCGCAUCUACAAAGCGCAACGUCUGGCAACAAACAAUCGCAGCUUCAGGUGCAUCAUCUGAUCAUGGCACUGGGCACUUUAGCAAGAGGAUAUUCUGAUUGGACACCAGCGUAUGCAGCGGACAAUGCCGUGCCACCAGCGGCAGCUGUAUCUGAGGAGUUCGGUAGAGUAUAUGAUGCUAUUCUUGUGGCUUUGGAGCAGCUCCGAUCAUCAUUUGAGAUUCGCGAAGCAGCCAGAUUCGCGUUCUCAAGGCUUAUUGGGGUCCUAGGCAAUAGGAUACUAACUCAGCUACCCAGGUGGAUUGAUGGGCUCCUAACUGUGGACUCAACCAAAGACGAGAUGGCGCUGUUCAUCAGAUUGCUUGAACAAGUAGUCUUUGGUUUCAAAACAGAGAUCUAUGGUAUCUUAAACUCACUACUCACUCCUCUAUUGCAAAGAGUAUUUAGCGGGAUCGCGGAGGCCGCGACAGGUACAGAUGAUGAGAUACAGCUCGCUGAGCUCAAACGCGAAUACCUUUCAUUUUUGACAACGGUCUUGAACAACGAUCUUGAGGCUGUGCUGGUCAGUGAAGGUAAAGUGAAUCGAAUGAGCUCCCAAUGCUCUUACGCUAAUAUUGGGAAAGUCAACCAACCCACGUUUAGUCUAGUCAUAUCUACCAUUGAGCACCUUGCGCGCGACGUCAGUGACUAUCCGACUGCUAAAUUAGCUCUGAACGUUCUGACUCGAAUGGUCUCUACAUGGGGCGGACCUGAUAUUGUUCCUCAAUUGCCGACCACAAAACCUGGUACUCUGCCAAACGGAGAAGGUAAGUCGAGACUAGAAGGCUUCGACCAGUUCAUGAUGACUCGAUUUUCUCCGUUAUGCUGGGCAAUACCAAGCAAUUCAUACUUUGACUCGAAGGACGCUCAGGGUAGACAAGUCCUCACGGAAGCUGCGGCGCUGCAAAAGGCAAUAUACAGCAAAUGUGGACAAGAUUAUUCUACCUACCUAAGGAACAUAGAACUAAGUGGCAUGGGCAUGAAUAAUCAAAGCAUAGAAGAAUACCUCAACGCCCUCAACAGCAUGGAUCUGAGGGGUUUCCAGCAAUACUUCAAGGUAUCUCAGCCAGGCUUGCGUUGA